CUGCUGGCCCUGGGCAGCGCGCGGGUCCUGGCACAGGAGGCGGAGGAUGCGCUGGGCGAGCUGGCGCUGCCCUUUGCUGCCGAGGAGGAAAACCACACGGAGUGGCGGAGGCAGAGCCCCGCCGCCGCCUUCCACCGCUGCAACAAGGAUGCCUGGAGAAUGCCUGGGCACUACAUCGUGGUACUGAAGGAGGAAACCCAUAAGUCCCAGACAGAGAGAACCGUCCAGAGGCUGCAGGCCAGAGCAGCGAAGCAUGGCUAUCUCACCAAAAUCCUGCACAUCUUUCAGGAGCUCUUCCAGGGCUUUGUUGUUAAGAUGAGCAGCGACAUGCUGGAUAUGGCGCUGAGACUGCCGCACAUCGAUUACAUUGAGGAGGACUCCUACGUCUUUGCUCAGAGCGUCCCCUGGAACCUGGACAGGAUCAUCCUGGCACAGCACAAGGCUGAUGAAUACGACCCUCCCAAUAAAGGAGAGCUGGUCGAGGUUUACCUGCUGGAUACCGGUAUCCAGAGCAAUCAUCGGGAGAUCGAGGGCAGAGCAUUUGUGACCAACUUCGAGAACGUCCCGGAGGAGGAUGGCGCACGCUUUCACAGGCAGGCCAAUAAGUGCGACAGCCACGGGACGCACAUGGCCGGCGUGGUGAGCGGGAGGGACGCCGGCGUGGCCAAGGGGGCCAGUGUUCGCAGCCUGCGGGUGCUGAACUGCCAAGGCAAGGGCACAGUCAGCGGGACCCUCAUAGGCCUGGAGUUUAUCAAGACCACCCUGGAGGCCCAGCCCUACACGCCGUUGGUUGUGCUGCUCCCCUUUGCCGGAGGCUACAGCCGCGUUUUGAAUGCAGCCUGCCGGCUGAUGGUGCGCACGGGGGUGGUGAUUAUUGCCGCAGCCGGUAACUACAAGGAGGAUGCCUGCCUGUACUCGCCAGCAUCCGAACCGGAGGUUAUCACCGUUGGAGCGACAGACUACCAGGACCAGCCUGUUUCCAUGGGCACCAUGGGCACAAACUUUGGCCGCUGCGUGGAUGUGUUUGCCCCGGGAGACGAUAUCAUCGGGGCCUCCAGCGACUGCAGCACCUGCUUCACCUCGCAGAGUGGGACGUCCCAGGCAGCUGCGCAUGUUGCAGGCAUCGCAGCCAUGAUCCUGAACACCGACUCGGCGCUGACGAUCUCGGAGCUGAGGCAAAGGUUAAUACACUUCUCCACCAAAAAGGUGAUCAAUGAGGCCUGGUUCCCUGAAGACCAGAGACUGAUCACACCCAACAGAGUGGCAGCCCUGCCGGCCAGACUGGGAGCAGAUGAGCCGUUGUACUGCCGCUCCGUGUGGUCUGCCAGGUCGGGGUCAACUCGCUCCGCGACAGCAGUCGCCCGCUGCACUGGGAACGAGGAGAUGCUCAGCUGCUCCAGCUUCUCGCAGAACGGCAGGAGGCGAGGAGAGCACGUAGAGGACCACGGAGGCAGGCGAGAAUGCGUGGCUCACAACGCACUUGGAGGCAGCAGUGUCUACGCCAUCGCUCGGUGUUGCAUUUGGCCUAAAGCACACUGCCAGACUCAUGCCAGCUCCCAAGCCAUGGAGGGGGCAUUGACCUCAGCUGUGGGCUGCUCCAAGGAGAACCACAUUUUGACAGGUUGUAGCUCCCAUUCUCCAUCUGGAGAGUUUAGUGACAACGUCAGACCUAUUCUACGGACAGAAAACGGGCACGACCACUGUGUAGGUAGAAGUGACCUGGUCUCACACGCGUCCUGCUGCCAUGCCCCCGGCCUCGAAUGCAAGGUGAAGGAACAUUCUCCCACGGACUUCACAGAACAGGUGAUGGUGUCCUGUGAUGACGACUGGACUCUGACAGGAUGCAACGCUUACUCCCGGGGUCCUGGCACCCUGGGUGCCUAUGCUGUUGAUGACACUUGCAUAGUGAGGAAUGCCCAGGGUGGCAAAGGGGCAUCAGCCAUCGCUAUCUGCUGCAGAAAGAGAGAGCUGGAGGACAAGCACACCGCCAGCAACCAGUGAUGACGCUGCGCAGGGGCACGGGGCACCUCCGUUGAGCGGAAACUCACAUUGCUCCAAAAAAAAAAUGCAUUCCAAAAGGGUCGGAGCUGAUCUGCCUCUACUCUUAUUGUAGAGGCAGCUCUGGUCCCCCGCCCCCCAAGUCUGGUCGCUGCUGAGUGACACAGUAAUUCGUGCGGGUGGGAGUCCUAACGCAUCUACACUCCAAGUGCAGCUGUGCUAGGACAUCCCCAGUUCCCAGGGACUAACUUUCCUUCUACAGGACCUUCUGCUCCACUGCAUGUAAAAUAAGUGCUAGCUGGGCAUCAUUUUGGUGUGGGGAGAACUCCUACCAUGCAACAGUUGCAAGGUUUAUUGUUCCUUUUUUUCCCCCUUAAAAAUGCCAAGAAAUGAGAUUAUGAAACUGGUCAGUCAGACGGUGGGAGGGUGACUUGUGUGCAUCUGGAAGAUGGUGCACUGAUUGCACGCAUUCUGGGUUAAGGAAGCCAAGAAACUUCUUGCUCAUUUUGGAGCCAGUCUCCAAAAUUCCCAGCAUCCUGCAUAUUUGUGUCACCAUCUCCCACCCCAUCAUACUCUUCCCUCCCGCUACCACCCUGUACGUGGCUGAGGCACAGAAUAGAGGCUUUAAAAGUUUCAGGGCUGGCCAGUUCCUGGUAUAGGAACAGAUUUGUCUUAGAAGGCUGCCUCUACCUGCCUUUGUUCAUAGGACGUGGGGGGUAUAGACGCUGCCACUGAGGCAGGUCUGGCUGGCAGGAGCACCCAUGGGCAGCCUGGCAGAGCUAUGCUGGCAUUAGCUCUGGUAUUGCGGUGCCCAGACGCAAAUUCAAACCACUUCAGCCCACUGCCCCCUUGGACUGCAAGUUCUGUGCUGAUCCUCCAGGAGGUGCCGCACAAGUGUGCAAUUGGCCAAAAUACAAGCAGGGGUUUAAUUUCUUGUUGGCUGUACUCCAGCUCCUUUCAUUCUCAAGUGCCUUAUAAACCCAGCAUUGCUUUAGGUACUGGAGUGCUAGCCCAGCAGGGCAGAGCCAGGCGUGCCCUCCCCGUCUAAGACUGCUUUUAAGGAUGAGAGAGCGGUGCAACCUGUGCGUGCGGUCUGUCAAGGGGGCAUUUUCUCUUCUAGUGGACAGUCGCCUGGAGGAGCCGAGGCCAGAGAGUUGCCUUUGCUCUUCCAGGGGGCUCACUUGAGUUUUUGCCAUGGCAGGAGUGGUCUGCAGUCUCCUGCUUUCCCAUUUCAGUUCCUUACCUCCACAAUGGUGUCAGGUGCCCUCCAACAGACCAGGCCAUUGCCACGUACAGAUCACCUGUUGAAUGGGGUUCAUCUAAGCAGUUCCAGGGAUUUGCUUUUGGAGGGGAGGGGUUGGGUUUUUGUUUUACUGAAAUGGCCAAGCUUCAUCUCCCCUCUCCCAGCCCCUACUCUGAGGCAUUGGCACCCUCCCCACACUGAGACUCACUCCUGGGGGAAAAGGAGAGAGAUCCUCCGUGUGUCCUGCCUGACGGACCGAAACCAGGCAUUUGCUUUCUGCAGGCCACGUAGGGGGAUCAAUGCCACAGCAAUAAGCGUAGUAGUUCAUUCAUAGACAGAGCAGUCUCGUGGAGUUAAUCCACACACUCUGCAGUUCAAACAGCCUACGACAGAAGAGAGCUGUCCUGAUCUGAGCCCCAGAAGAGCCUACCGUCCUCUCUCACAAUACAUUGAGAUUCCUUACUAAAAUUUUACAACUGCUGAGCAUUGUGGGGUGUGUUCACGCUGUCACAAUGUCCAGGAAGAACAUGAAUCUUUUCAAACCGAUGCACUGUUGCUGUGGCUUUUCUGUUUACUCAUUCGAUUCCUGCUGGACCGUUCAGCUAAACCA